AAGCUAAACUCAUUUGCUCAUUACAGUUGUCUCUCUAUUUCUUAUUUGGUUGCCUUGUUCAAUACUUUUGGCCAAUGAAUUUCCGUCACAAUUCGCAUCUUUUGGCUUAAAGACAUACUGAUAAUUGAGCCAAUCAUCUUUUGCCUCCCUCUACACGCUUGCUUGCUCACUCGCUUUACCUGCUACUGCUCUCUCUCUCUCUUCUCAUGGACUUGCCUGAAUUCUUCUGCUAUGUUUCAAUUUUAUCUUGUUUGUUUCCAAUUAUGGUUAAUUCGAUUGGGAUAAAUUAUGGACAAAUAGCAAACAACCUUCCAUCCCCAGAAGACGUGGUGCCACUGGUGAAAUCAAUCGGAGCAACCAAAAUUAAACUUUACGAUGCAGAUCCCAGAGUCCUUAAGGCGUUUGCAAACACCGACGUUGAAUUCAUGGUUGGUUUAGGCAACGAGUACUUGGACAAGAUGCGAGAUCCAACCAAUGCCCAAGCAUGGGUGAAAGAAAACAUUCAACCCCAUUUACCAGCCACCAAAAUCACCUCCAUCUUUGUCGGCAACGAGGUUCUCACUUUAAACGACACUUCUCUCUCCGACUGCCUUCUCCCGGCAAUGCAAAGCGUUCAUGCUGCGCUGCUUAACUUCGGACUGGAUAAACAGGUGACCGUCACUACAACACAUUCCCUAGCCAUUCUUCAAACCUCUUAUCCGCCUUCAGCUGGGGCGUUCCGUGAAGAUUUGAUGGAUCCUUUGUGCGAAACGUUGAAUUUCCAUCAAAAAACUGGCUCUCCUUUUUUGAUUAAUGCCUAUCCCUACUUUGCAUACAAGGGAAACCCCGAGCAAGUUCCAUUGGAUUUUGUUCUUUUUCAGCCAAACCAAGGAGUUACCGAUCCACAAACCCAUUUACAUUACGAUAACAUGUUGUAUGCUCAAAUCGACGCCGUUUACUCUGCUUUAGCUUCCUUGGGUUACAAGAAACUCCUGGUUCACAUAUCGGAAACUGGGUGGCCUUCAAAGGGAGAUGAAGACGAGGCAGGAGCGACGCCCGAAAAUGCUGAAAAAUACAAUGGGAAUUUGAUUAAAUUGAUGUCGGGAAAAACAGGGACUCCAAUGAGGCCGAAUUCGGAUCUUAACAUUUACAUUUUUGCUUUGUUUAAUGAGAAUAUGAAACCAGGUCCCACUUCAGAGAGGAAUUACGGGUUGUUUAAGCCAGACGGAACACCCGCGUAUCCUCUUGGGAUCACUCCUAACAAUGUCGUCGGGAGAAAUACGACCGUCGGUGGUGGACGUUUCGGGAAUGCCGUAACGAACCCGUAUUAUCCGAUGAGUUCUUCCACAGGUUAUAUGUCCAUUUCUUCCGCAAGGCAGCAAAGAUAUCAAUUAUUGGGGCAUGUGGUGCGGAUGGUGCCAUUGUUGAUUAUUAAAACCUUGGUUUAGAGACGAAUCCAAAGCUCUUUCUUUGCAUCAGAUUUAAAGGAAGGGGAAAAAGAGAAGAGAGAGAAUAAGAGGCAGCUUCAUGGUUAGGGAAAAUGUAAAAUUCUGAUUCUAAGGAAUCAUCAACUUUAUUUUCGACUCCACAAAAUCAAAGUGCAUGUAGAUGAUUAUCAAAAGAGGCGCAGGCAUUUAUUUUUCUUCUAAAUUCUAUCGUGUAAAUUUUAAGGUGAUCUUCUCCUGUUGGUAUUUAUUUUAUUUUGUUAUGUCAAACUAUGUUCUUAAUUUUAAUAAAUAUUUUGCAGGGAAAGCAUCUCAUAUAA